UAAAGGCGUGCAGCAUCCACAAACCUGUCUAUUUUCCCCCAGACAAAAUCCUAGAAAAAUGAAGAUAUGUCUCAACCUGUCGACAUAUAGAGCAUCAUAAAAAGCAAGAAGAAUGCAAGCAAUUUUGGUGUAAGAAAUGGCGAGUAAAAUUCCAGUGAUCGAUCUGCAAGACUUCCCCGGCGAGACAGGGAUGCUGGUGGCUGCGUGCGAGGAGUGGGGAUGCUUCCGGAUAGUCAACUACGAGGGAAUUCUGCCAGAUUCUCUGCUCUACGAAAUGAGGCAAGUGGUGGGAUCGCUGCUGGAUCUGCCAGCCGAGGUCAAGGCCAGAAACCGCGACGUCAUCCCGGGAAGCGGAUACAUGGCGCCGUCUCCGGUCAAUCCGCUCUACGAGGCGCUCGGCCUCUACGACACCUCUUCCCCCCAAGCUGUCGAUGCUUUCUGCUCCAACUUGGAUGCUACUCCUCAGCAAAGGGAUGUUAUCUCCAAGUAUGCAAGAGCAGUGAAUGAAUUGCUGGUGGAUAUUGGGGGUAAAAUUGUGCUAGGGUUAGGUGUGAGAGGCUUCUCCUUUGAUGAUUGGUGUUGCCAGUUCAGGAUCAACAAGUACAAGUUUGCCCCUCACACUGUCAACUCCCCUGGUGUGCAGCUGCACACUGAUUCUAGCUUCCUCACUCUCCUGCACGACGAUAAAGAUAUCGGUGGCCUCGAGGUUAUGAAGCCCUCCGGCGAAUUCCAGCCCGUUGAUCCAUCCCAUGGAACCCUUGUUGUCAAUCUUGGUGAUAUUGCAGCUGUGUGGAGCAAUGGGAGAUUCCUGAACGUGAAGCACCGUGUGAUGUGUAAGGAAGCGGGCACGAGGCUGUCGAUUGCUUCCUUCUUGUUGGGGCCGAAGGCGGAGAUGGUGGAGGCGCCACUGGAGUUGGUGGAUGCGGAACAUCCUCGCCUCUUUUCGCCCUUCACUUAUCAUGAUUAUAGGAGCCUCCGAGUGUCCAACAGUCUGCAGACUGGUGAAACUGUGGAUUGCUUCCGCAUUCAUAAAGGUUAAAGCAAACUUGUAACUGGAAUCAUAUCAAAUCAAUUACUAUGUAUUGUAAUGGGAUGUUCAACCAAUUCAUUGAGGAAUAAAUAAAGCUAUGUAUCUUUGGACAGAA